AUGGGCAAGAAUCGGCACAGUAAAGACCGGCUGUUCAUUACGCAGACAGAGCAUAAGUACCUGUACGGAGGCAAGAAGCAAACGAUCCGUCGCGCGUACAAACGUCUUCCGUUUAACUGCUGCGCUAUUACUCUCCGCCCGUUUACGAAUCCGGUUUGUACGCGGGAAGGUCAUUUGUUUGACCUCGAGGCAGUCGUGCCAUUUGUCAAGGCGCACGGCAUCAACCCCGUGACGGGCAAGUCGCUGGUGUUGAAGGAACUCAUUCAGCUGCAGUUUAGUAAGAAUUCACAAGGAGAGUACUUUUGCCCCGUGACGUACAAGGUCUUUACGGACAACACCAAGAUUGCUGCAAUAGCGACGACGGGUAAUGUGCUGUGCUACGAAGCUGUGGACGAGCUGAACAUCAAACCGAAGAAUUGGACGGACCUCAUUUCUGGUGCAGCAUUCAAGCGCAAAGAUAUCAUUAUUUUGCAAGACCCGCAAAAUCUCUCGAACCGCGAAAUUGAAAAUUUCGAGCACCUCCGGCUUGCAAAAGCGAGUGACAGCCAUGGUACUUCAGCGAGCGCAACUCGGAUGAUCCGCACAAACGCUGCAACGGAUCGUAUCCUCGAAUUGCUGAGUGCUGAGCAAACAGCGCAGAAGGAGUUAGCGGAAAAGAUCAAGCGAGGAGUUGAUGGCGUUAGCGAGAAAGACAAAAUUGUGGCUUCGAUGACUCACUGCAGUUUGCCAAAGCACGAAGCCGUGGCAGAAACAGCUGCGAGACCAAACAAAUUGCAGUACUCGCACUUUACUGUCGGGGAAUGCUCGAGCUCGUUUACAUCUAGCGUGAGAGCUCCAAUGACAAGAAAUGCAAUGGCGUUGGUUUCGCAGCCGGACCUGCUCGAACAGAGAUGGCAGGCUGUGCGAAAGCUGAAGAAAAAAGGCCUGGUGCGACUUGACACCAGUCUUGGCAAUAUCAACUUGGAAGUGGAUUGCGACGUUGUGCCGCAGACGGCUGAUAACUUCAUGACCUUGUGCCAGAAUAAGUACUAUGAUGGUGUCCUUUUCCACCGGGUCAUCAAAGGUUUUAUGAUGCAAGGAGGGGACCCAACUGGGACAGGUCGGGGUGGCGAAUCUGCUUGGAAGAAGCCAUUUCGUGAUGAAAUUGACAGUCGCCUGUCUCACAGCCAACGAGGCGUGCUCAGUAUGGCGAAUUCGGGACCCGGAACGAACAAGUCGCAGUUUUUCAUCACGUUUAAAGCGUGUCCGCACUUGGACAAAAAGCACGCGGUUUUUGGUCGAGUUGUCGGAGGGAUGGAUGUGCUGGAUAUUGUCGAGCGCGUGGAAACUGGCGCGGAGGAUCGUCCGAUCGACGAUGUGCGCAUCAGGAGUGCCCAAGUGUUUUCGAAUCCAUUCCUUAUGGCCGAAGAAGCGCGGGAACGAGGUCUAGACGUCGUUGAGGUCGCAAAGGAAAAAGCUGCGAGCGAGGCAACAUCUGAGGUGCACGGCGCCGUGUUCAAAGUUGAUGGAAAGUGGGUUGCAUACGACAAUGUCGAAGAAGUGGAUGUGGCGAACCUUCCGAGAAGCGAAACGGCUAAAAGCGAGAAGGUGGGAAAAUACUUGAAGACCAAGUCGGACGCUGUUGCUAAGAAGCGGCCACAGGAAUCAUCAGCGAUGCUUGUUGCUAUCGAAAGUAAAAAGAGAAGCAAGAACUCACGUGGCGGGUUUGGUGACUUUCCCGGGUGGUGA